AGCCGAAAACCGUAAAUAUGUGGAGCACAUGCUUUGUCAUCUGGGAGCAUCUGGGGCCCGUUGUGGAGGGUGUGGAGACGAGACGCAUGCCUGCAGAUGUUAACCUGGAACGUCCUUAUCGCUUUCAGUGUGCAGUGAUAGCAGCCUUUCCAUUCAUGGACGUGCACUUAAGUCUGGACAGUGGUACUGAGACAUUAGUUAGCUCAAGGGUUACACACCUCCUCUUUUAGUGCGUACUUCCCCUUUAAAGUAUCUAAGAGACAAAGCCUGGCUGCCCGCUCCGUCUCCGUCUUAGUUUGUGUUGAGGUUUGGUGAGCGCUGCUGGGAUGACCGAGUUCACUGAGGGGUUUUUGAAGAAUAAAGGAGAAGCUGCUGCGGUGCGUGCCGGACAUUUAGCGAGUCGGGCCGUGGAUAUGACACGCAGGAGGGCAGACUUGAAGUUAUCAGGGGAGUGACAAGAAACUGCAUUUCACCCUCUUCCACUUCUUCUCUCCAGAGACACAUGACUGAAUUCAUCGCGAAAAGGGUGGCUGACCUUCCAUGGGACUGGCUGGAGAUGACGCACAUGACGGACUACAACGACUCCCACGCCCUGCUCUCCGGAGAGAACCUCAUCUACGUCAUCACCGUGCCGCUCUCGACCUCCAUCAUUCUCGCCAACCUCGUCAUCAUCUUGGGCAUCUCCUGGAACCGGCAGCUCCACAACACGCCCAACUACUUCUUCCUCAGCCUGCUGGUGGCCGACAUGUGCACGGGCGUGGCGCUGCCUUUUAUUCCGUUGAUGGGCCUGAACCGGGAGUUGAGCUUCAGCUCCUGCCUGGUGGCGCACGUGUUCCCGAAUUUCCUCUUCUUGGCGUUCCUCUUCAACCUGGUGAUGGUCCACUACGAGCGCUACAUAUGCAUUGCGGACCCACUGCAUUACAGUAACUUGUGGAUGCAUCGCAGUUUUCCUUUGGCGUUGCUCGCGGUGUGGUCGCCGGCCCUCCUGUACGCAUCCCUACCUGCUUUCGGGUGGAAUAACUGGACGGGGCCGGAUUGGAACGACUGUUGCGAAAGCAACCACAGGACACUGUCGAACUGUUCCGCAAAUGGGACGGCGUGCUGCUCGUACAGGCGGGUGUUCCCUAACGCGUUCAUCUACUUGGAGGUGUACGGGUUGGUUUUACCCGCUAUUCUCACCAUCGCUGCCAUGACUGGCCGGGUUCUGUGGAUCACGAGAGGCCAGCUGAAGAACAUUUGCCGCCUCCAUCGUUCGGUGGAGCGCGGGAGCCAGGCCUCGGACCGGGAGCAGAGGCUGAACCUGCGGUACACCCGCUGCGUGGUGGCGGUGUCCCUGACCUUCCUCGCCUGCUGGGUCCCCUACAUCAUUUACAUGCACGUGUGCAUCGCGUUCCUCAUCAGCGACACCAAGUGGAGCUCCACCACUCACAUCGUGCUGUCCUGCACCGGCAUCGGAAGCAUGGCCGUGGUGCCGCUGGUGCUCGGCCUGGCCAACAGGCAGUACACGGAGCCCGCCUGCAAACUCAUCCAGAAGCUCAGAGACAGGUGGCGGCGAAGGACAGAGGCGCCCGAGGAGGCUACGCUUUGAAAGAAUACUGAGGACUCCUCUAAAUAUUUAUGAAGCCGUUGGCGGGGGAAAAAAAAAAAAGACGCUGAUUGAUUCCGCAAAUUAUUUAUCAAUGUUCUUGGACAUCUCUGGAUGUUUAACAUAAAGUUCACAUCAUUACGUAAUAUUAGGAGACAAAUAAAGGUCUCGGGGUGCCGAUCACUGCCUUAGCGCUGUUUUAUUUCCUUCUGUUGUCCCAUAUCCAAGUAUAUUCAUAUGCUUUCACACAACAUGUCACAUUUAAUGCCAUAAAAAAUAGGAAAGGCUUCUCUUCACAGGAUAUUGAAUUGGUCUGAUUGGUCACUUUGAGCCCCAACUUUGUUCAGAGGUAUGAAAAAUACACUUUUAUUUGACUAUGCUCGCAAACCUGCCGAAUGGGCCGGCAAAUGUAAAUCCUCUCUGUGGUAACAUCAUAAAAUGAAAUAAACGUCCUAUAAAUACA